AUGCCAAAGAAAGUCGACAAGGAGGAAAUCGCUUCAUUUGAAAAAUUUCUCUCGUCUUUCAAGAGCAAUGAGGAAAGAUUCGCAGUAAUUCAACAAUUACUUGCUAAUCAAGUACUUCCGAUGAUUGCUACUAUGAAGAGAAAACGGGAAGAGUCUAAUAAGCAUUUUUCUAAAAAGGAAUUUGAUAUCGCCAUCUCCAUUUUGACUGAAUGUAUUGAUGAAUAUCUUACAGCUUCCGAUGAAAAUGAUAAUAGAAUGAGAUUGAAAGAGUGGGACCAAACUAAAAUUCUUUCAUAUAAAAUGCAACAACUUAACGUAACAAAACCAGUUUCGGAUAGGCUACAAAUACGAAAGAAGUACAAGGAAAUUGAAGAACAGUUAUCUAAUGCACAUUUAAUAUUUUCUAAUCGCUCGGUAAAUUAUUUAAUGUCUGGAAAGUACUUGGAAGCGAAGCAAGAUGCACUGGAUUGUAUUGAGUGGAAUUCUGAUUGGCCAAAAGGAUAUUACCGAGCAGCACAAGCUGCCAUGAUGUUGGGAGAGUAUACAGAAGCACUUGAAACCAUUUCAAAGGGAGUUGAGGUAGUGGAGCAAUUCAAAUAUGAGUUGUUUGACACCGACAAUGAGUAUGACAAUGAAAUCAAACGUUUUAGCACUCUUAAAAAGGAGGUAAAGGAGAAAAUGAAGAAUAGUCCAAAGAAAGACGAACCUGUUGAUGUCAAGUCAUAUUUUACCUCAAAGUAUAAGGACAUGGGCAUAGGUUUCAAACCUGAUUUCGUAUUUACAUGUAUAACGGUUGACAAGCCUGACGAUCUAGAAGACUAUCUCGGAAAAAUUACGGACAGUGUUGAAAAAAAGGGUUUGGUAGAUCAAAAAGAUCCAAAGUUCCAUUUCACACCUCUCCAUCUAGCCGUGUGCUUUAAACGCAAGAAGUGUUUAGAAAUUCUGUUGAACCAUGGAGCCAAUGCUAACGUAGUUGACCUUACAGAUCUCACACCAAUAUCCUAUGCAGUUGGACAAAUUGCAAGCCUGUCAAUAACAAAAUUAUUACUUUCUAAAGGUGGAAAUGUAAAUUUCAAAAACAAGAGCAAGGUUACUUAUUUACACACAGCAGCUGCAGCUAACAAUCUCAAAAUAUGUCAAUAUUUAAUUGAAAAGCAUGGAUUAGAUCCAAAAAGCCAAACAAUACAUGGAGAUGACUGUAUCAGCGUGGCUUCUGAUAAUAACGUCAUUGAAUAUUUAAGAAAGAAGCAAAUUCGAGCUGACAAAAAAGAAGAGCAGACAUUAUCUACAUAUUGUUGCAAAUACUGCGGUAAAUCAGACGCUCUUAAGCGUUGCUCUAUUUGUAAAUCUGUAUUCUAUUGCAGUAUAGAAUGCCAAAAGAAGGAUUGGACCAAUCACAAAGCCACCUGUUUGCCUGUGUUGCAAAGUGUUCGAGUUGAACCAUCUCCCAUAGAUUCAGAAAAACCACUCUAUGGAUUCAAUGUCAGCAACGUGGUUGGUUCUCAGGAUGGCAUUAAGCUAAAAUCAAUGACUUUUCAAGUACUGAGCUUGCAAAACAAUCAUGAUAGAUCAUAUAUUGGUUACAUUCGGUCUAGCGAACCAAGGUAUGAACAACUUAAUCAGAAAAUUACGAGCGAGGGAAUCAUGGGAAGGAAAGGCUACUUUUAUGUUACCAUCAAUACUGAUUCUUCAAUCGAUAUCGAGGUGGGAAAGCUUGCUCCGUCACAAAGUUGGUAA